UUUGUUUUGUUGUUGCUUUUUUUGCUUGCAUUUUAAUUUAUUUUCACUAUUUAUUACAGAAGAAUAUAAGUUUACACUGAGAAUGACUGUUAGGAGAGUGUAUCACAUUGCAGCAUUCAGCUGGUAUGCGUUUAUUAUUAAGAAUCUAAUUGAUAUGGAUGGAGAGGAUUUGCCACCAGGAAUCUUUGUUUAUGGAGGACCUUGGAAGUACCUCACUUUUUUGAAUUUGUUAUUGCAAAUGACGUUCUUUGGACUGGCGGCAGUGAAUGAUCUUCAACCUGAGAAAAAGGCUGAGAGUACUCUGAGCAAGUUUAAAGACCUUCUCUUCUCUGUCUUUGCCUUUCCAGUGGGCACGUUUGUUGUUCUACUUUUCUGGGCAAUCUUUGCAUAUGAUAGAGAAUUAGUCUACCCAGCUACCAUCGACACCUUCUUCCCUCCGUGGAUGAACCACGCUAUGCACACAUUUGUCCUUCCCAUCUUACUUGGAGAGGUGCUGAUGCAGCCUCACGUCUACCCACAGACUAAACAUGCACUGACGGCAUUAGGAAUCGUGGGCUUGGCUUACUUAUCUUGGAUUAUAUGGGUGUACAUGUCAGUCGGGAUUUGGGUGUAUCCUCUUCUUGGGCGCUUCAGUGCUGCUGGUCUGGUGGGCUUCUUCUUUUUUAACAUGUCUGUGGUGAUCUUGCUCUACCUGCUCGGGAACGAGUUCAGCAGACGGGUCUGGGAAAAGGACAUGAACAAAAAGACAAGAGAAACAAAUUAAUUGAACCUUUCUCCCACAUGGCCACAUGGUUCUUUUUGAAGUGAA